GGUGGUUGCUAGGAAACCUCAAACAGUAAAACCUGCUAUAGUCAAGUUUCUCUUUUCUUUAACGACAUCACACUGACAACGCAGUAUUUAUUAAUGUUCACUUUGUCAUAAAGAAAUUUUGUUUUUGUGUGUGUUUUCUGCCACAGAACCAGAUUCAGAAGAUGCAGAGCACAACCAAGCAGAAAAUCCAGGAGAAACAGAAAUCGAUAGAGGAGCUGAAACAGGCUGUGAACACACUGAAGCACUGUGUUCAGACAGCAGUGGAGAACAAUGAGAAGAUCCUUUCUGAGCUGAUCCUCUCUAUCAAGAGAAGACAGCAUGAGGUGAUAGAGCUGAUCAGAGAUCAGGAGAGGACUGAAGUGAGUCGAGCAGAAAGACUCAUGGAGCAGCUGGAGCAGGAGAUCGUUGAUCUCGAGAGGAGAGACACAGAGCUGGAUCAACUUUCACACACACCAGAACAUUUUCAUUUCAAGAAUCUCUCUGCUUCUUCUGAGUCGUCCAGUAUGAUUGUUAAUAUUUCAUUUGAUGGACUGAGGAAAUCGCUCUCUGAUCUAAAACAACAUUUUGAACAUUUUUGUCGGGAAGAGUUUAGUAAAAUCAUCUCUGUCGUGGCAAGAAUUCAGAUUUUACCAAUGUCAAGAAAUCACUUUAAACAGUAUUUUUGCAGCUUUACCCUUGAUCCCAACACAGCGAGUGAACACUUUGUCCUCUCUGAGAACAACAGACAGAUGACAUACCCUGAGCAUUGUGGGAGAUAUACGUUCCCCUGCAAGGUGUUUUGUAAGGAGAGCGUGUUUGGACGCUGCUAUUGGGAGGUGGAAUGGAGUGGGAGAUGUGUGCACAUAUCAGUCUCAUAUAAAGAAAUGAGUGGCAAAGGAAAGGGAAGAGUUGGUAUGUUUGGAAACAACAACACAUCUUGGAGUCUGCAGUGUUUUCCCAAGCCUGUUUUCUGGCAUAAGAGUAUUAAAACUGAGAUCUCAGGCCGUUUAUCCUCUAGGGUAGGCGUGUAUGUGGACUACAAAGCAGGAACUCUUUCUUUCUACAAUGUCUCUGAUACAGUGAGUCUCUUACACCAUGUCCAGACUACAUUCACUCAACCCCUCUAUCCUGGGUUUUGGUUCUGUGCAUCAGGUUCUGGAGAUCUGCUCAGCCCAGAGUGCUCCGGGUUCAACACCAAUACGUUCUCCUCAGUCAAAUUGUGUGAUCUAUAAACAAGUACUGGGGAAAAAUCUGAUACCUUCUUCAGCAUUAUUAACAUUACUCAAUAUAUAUAUAUAUAUAUAUAUAUAUAUAUAUAUAUAUAUAUAUAUAUAUAUAUAUAUACAGCUAGAAUGAAAAUAUGUUUGUGUUUGUAAAAUAAAACUUUUAAAAUUGUGUAUUAUAUUUUCCUCUAAAUUAAAGCAAAGAUUACCUAAAAUGACAUAGGCCUAUUUGUAUUAAAAUUUUUAAUUAA